AUGGUGGUGAUUGUAAGACGUCCUUUCCAGUCUGUUUUGGCCCUUUUCGCGAUCGCCUCGGUUCGUGCCAUUGAGCUCGUAAAUCUUGAUUGCGAUCCAGCAAUCCGAGAAACAUCCAGUUGCGGGGCUGGUGGUCUCUUUAAUGGUGUCGGUAAUGGUCCUCUGACGGGAACAUUUAUCUGUGGGAAACGAGCUUUGGGAUUUCCCGGGUUUUCUUGGCAGAAAGAAACCACGCAUUGCGUCUCCACAUUGCUCGGACAAGUCGUUGGGUACGAAGGUGACACAUGUGGCUGCUGCAAUAACCAAUGUCCAGGGGCGUGCAAUUGCGUCUGCGAUGAAGAACAAGACUUUGUUUUGGUAAAAAAGCAGUCUCUCCUUCGCGGGGAAACCGCAGUAUGCGUGUCUAGAGGGAAAGCCAGCCGAUGGGUUAGCGAUGGAACUACCGAAUACUCUUGUGUAUCGGAUCAGGAAUGCCCACAAUAUUCCGAUAUACCACCAGCUGAUUCUGAAGUACCACCAGCUGAUUCUGAAGUACCACCAAGCACAGAAGAAGAACCUCCUGCAACAGAGAACGAUCCACCAGAGUGGCCUUCCAAUUCCGAUGUUGAGAUUGAAAGAGAAGAAGAAGUACCCGACGAUGCUGAAGAAGUUGUGGAUUUAACAUUUGAACAGGCCACGGCUGCUCCAACGGAAGAAGAUACGGUAACCGACGAAAAACCAGCAAAAGGUAGUGCAAAAGGUAGUCCCAAAGGGCAACCCGGUGCAUAG